AAUUAAUACCGUCUUUUCCAUUAUCAGGAUUGAUGAUGAUUGUAGUAUUUGUAGUAGCAGCAGAUUGGUCAACUAAUUUUGGAAUAGGUUUCAAAAUGGUUUUUGGUGAUGAUAAUGCCGAUGAAGACGACGCAACCAACGAAAUAAUAAUUACCAAUUGUAUUUUAAAACUAGCAGAUCAAUUCAGUUGCAAUAAUAAUUCUGGUAGUGGAUCAACAGCAUCAACAUAUCCUCCACUAUCUUUAACACAAUCAUUAACUGGUUCGUCAUCAUUAUCAUCAAUAGCAACACCUGUUAAUUCAUCAAUAAAAUCAUUACCUUCAAUACCUGUUAUGACUAUGCCACCAUCAAAUAACAGUAGUAGUAGUAAACCUAUUAUUUCAACCACAAUGCAUUCAUCCUCUGAUUGGGAAAGAACUUUACAAAGAAAACUUGAUUUGUUUGAAUAUUUAUUGCCUAAAAGCCUUGGACAUAGAGAUGCAAUUGCAUCUGCAAUUGUUUUUCAACUUUUGCGCACUAUCAAUUUAUAUGAAUUGGAAUAUUCCACAAAUGAUUAUGAAAAUUUUAAGGGAAAAGUAAUGACUGCUUAUAAUAUUGUAAUGUCAGAACAUUCAUUUUUUAAUUUAUAA